CCUAACCCUAAUCCUCACAGCAAUUUUCUUUCUUUUCUUCAUAUUCAUGGGUGGUGAGAAGAAAGCACUGAUAGUUGGGUUUAACUAUCCUGAAUCAAAAACGCAUAUCAAGAGUCCUGCUAACUCUGCAACCAGAUUUACCGAUUGUUUGAUGACAUAUUAUGGAUUUCCUUCCGAUGAUAUAACUCUUAUGCUUGAUGAAACCCCCCGCUUGAAUUGUAAUUUUCCUACCAACCAUCAAAUUACUCCUUCCUAUUUCCCAGAGACAAUGCCAUCCACUUACGCCUUCGCCAUAUGCACAAAACUCUACCAAAUGAUAACAGAUUCUACUGAUGGUGACACCCUCGUUUUCUAUUUCUGUGGACACGGCGGUCGCACUCCUGCAACCGAUUACAAUAAUAAUUCUGGCUUUGUUGAAUAUAUGUGUUGCAGCGAUGGAUCUAUUAUCACAGACUCAAAUCUUCGGCACCUAACCGAAUGUGUACCGGUGGGAUGUUCGUUUACAAUAGUGGCGGAUUGCACGGCAUCUGGAGGACUUAUAGAAGGAGCUAAAGAGAUUUUAGGACACAGUACGGAGACUCCCGUAACCAACAAGAUCCCGCUAACCAGUAAUAUUUGGGAACCAACAUUAGGCACGGCUCGUCGCCCAUUGGGUAUACUCUUAUCUGCCUGUCAAAAUGAUGAGGAAGCUCGAGCCGCGAUUAAUUUCAAUAGACUGGAGUCUGCCUGUUUUUAUACAGAUGCUUUAAUUCUUGUUAUCCAAGAAACGAAAGGGAAUGUGACUAAUUGGAACUUAGUCAAAACUAUACGACAUAUGUUUCAAAGUAUGCAAUGGAAACAGAUCCCUGGUUUGUACUGCGAUGAAAGUCAAGUAAAUUUGAAUUUUUUGGGUCUUAAUGGAUCAGAAAUUGCUGAGAAGGGUCAUUCGGGAAGAAAACUAAAUGUUGCGAAAAUGUCAAAAAGGGAGCGCAUAUUGGGGAAUCCUUAUGUAUAUGUUGGGGAGAUCUCAAAAAUGUUGAGUAUACUAGGACAACCUUUUGUAUUCUCCCAUACGGAAAACAUCGGCGACUUAUUGCUCCCUAGGAAGCGGACCUCGUUUGAGGUGUUCCGUGCUAUGUCUAUGGCCUAUCACAAUGCUUUUAAUGCUCGUUUCGAGGUUUUAGCUUCAGUGAAGAUUGAAGAGUUGGAGUCCAUGGAAAGAACAAGAGGUAAAAUGAAAGACGUAUUGAAAUGGAUUGCAGCAAUUUAUUUAGGACAAAAAGAUGGUGAAAGAAGAGGCAACAAGGAUGAGAGUUACAAGAAAAAGAAAAAGAAGAAUGAGAGUUUGAAAAGAAAGAGAAAGAGGAAGUCUCAUGAUAGAGGUGAAAAGAAGGAGGAGAGUUCAAAGAAAAAGAGAAAGAACUCUCAUGAUAGAGGUGAAAAGAAGGAGAGUUUAAAGAAAAAGAGAAAGAAGAACUAACAAUUAAAUGGAUAUUUUGGUAACUUUAGUCUCUUUGUACUACUGGAUUACUAUUGUAUGUGGUACUCUAACUAAAAUUUCUAAAUGUGUUUUUUUGUUGUAUAAACUAGGUAGGGCGUUGAGACCCAAAGUGUAUAUUUAACUUUGAAAGAAAAUUUUUGUUGGAAAGGAUGAAAUUUUAUUAAGAAGUAUACGUUGAUUCUCUUCAACUAUAAGUCGGUCUAUGUCUCGAAUUAAAGACUCAUGAUAUAAUUUGUUAGCGCAACAUCGGGGGACGGUCGACUGAGGAGCAUUUCUUCAUUUCCUUGAGUAACACACCUUUGUGGGAGACACACCACUUCUCCACCUAAAACUUUAAGGUGAUAGGUGAGUUGGUUCUCCCACUUAUAAAUGCUCGAGUCUUCACAUGCAUAUCAAAUAUAGAACUAUUAUCCACAUUCACACUUAUAUUUAUUCUCAACA